GGGGAGGGGCCGCGGGGCUGCUACGUGCCCGCUCGCUGCUUUUCCGUGGAGAAGUUCUGCAGGCACUUCAGCCACCUGAACAGAAGCCUGCUCCCGCUCUUCGCCGUCAUGAACGGGAAUGACUACAUCGACCUGGCAGCUCUCGAGGUGUUCUUCAGCAAGGUGCCCUUGCCGAGCGGGUGCCCGGCGGGGAAGCGGGGGAGGCACGGCCGCCUUCAGGGGCUUCUGAACUGGCUGUCGCAGUUUGCCGAGCCCACCGAGGCUGUCGACAGUUUGCUGAAAUACCUGAAGAAACACCAGAGAGAAAAAGUAAAGGAGCUCCUGUGCACUUCAAUGGAGGAUUAUACUCCAUCUGAUGUCAACCUUGAGGACUUCUUUGACAAUGGAAGGUACAAAUGUGAGGUUGCCAGGAAAGCAGACGUACCGCAGUGGGUACUUGAUGCUUUGGCAAAAGGUAAGCUGGCCCCAUUCAUCAGCGAUGCCCUGAUACUAAGAAGUACCUUCCUCCAUGUGCAGGUGGAGAACAUGCAGAGACCUAGCGCACAUAGUACAGCUUUGCCCAUUCGACAAGUUAUCUAUGGACUACUUCUGAAAGCAUCUCAGAACACUGAAGCUGCUUCUCCAAGUAAGCAGACCAACGAGCUGCCAGUUGUAUGUGAAUUUGACAGACUCCAAAAGACACUUAAAAAAACAUUUGUUCAAGCAGCAAGCCUACCCACAGAUUUUUGUGAUGAUCAUUUUCCUUUGGACAAGUUAAUGGAGGUGCCCAUGUCAUGCCGUCAGAUGCUUUUACUGGAGACUCUAGGAGUGAAAAUGAGUUCCCUGGAAGGUAUCCCCAGUCACUUACAACUCCCUGUUGCUGUAACGUGUUAUUGGAUACAUUGUUCAGAACCGAAAGUUAAGUUGCAUCAAUUAAAGGCUUUACUUCUAAUGAUAGUAUCUGGAGAACUGCACCGGAUAACAAGUGAUCCAGUUUUAUGUGCUGAAGAUGGCAGUAUUGCAUAUAACGAAUUUCUGAAAUGGAAGGAAAAGAAAUUGCAAAAUAAAGACUUUGAUUUAGAUGCUGCACACAGUUUUUGCCAGUGGCAGUGCUGUCUUCAGAUGGGAUUGUAUCUCAACCAGCUACUUUGCACUCCUCUCUCUGAGCCAGACCUAAGUAGGCUUUACACUGGGACCCUUGUGCACAGACUGUAUCAAGAGCUUAAAUCAACACCUUCAGUGGAAAAUCUGAUUGGUUUAUCUCCAAAAAUGUCUCAGCUUUAUCAGGUUUUGUUAAAAACAGUGGAGUCAACUGUAUCUCCAGACUUCUUUCAGAAGAUGACCAAGACCACAUCCUGCAAAAAGAAGAAAGCAUCUAAUAAGAAAAAAAAAGCUACUGGGUGUGCUAUUCCAGAAACUCAGCAUUUAUGCAGUGUUAAUAGGUUUGCAUCUCUUGGAGUGGAUGACUGAAAGCAUUAUUCCUGGAGUAACUUUUCAGGCCAUGCAGAUGGAAAAAAAUGAUAUGAAAAUAAGUGACUGUAUGGGAACUUGUUCAGCUGUUUUCACACAAGUUCCUGAUUCAGUCUUUACCAACAAUUCUUGCUUUGGGGAAUUUUUUAAUUUAUGUGUUUUGUAACUAACAGUCUUUAAAAAGAGGUGCUGUAUAAAA